GUCAAGGUCAAAUAGCGCCAUCUAUAGAUUACAAGGUGCGAAAUCCAAGAUGGCAGCCUACGACGGUCACGCUUCCAAAAGACAAAGAACCGACUUUGACGGACAUGGAGUCCCUGCUGGCAAUAGGGACCGCUUUGAUGACCCACACAAGCCCGAUCCAUCUCCAGUUGUACACGUGAGAGGUCUACCUGAAACUGCCAUAGAAGCAGAUAUUGUUGAGGCAUGCCAGUCGUUUGGACCAAUCAGUUAUGUUACAAUGAUGCCUAAGCGUCAUCAAGCAUUGAUAGAGUUUGAAAAUAUGUUAGGUGCUGAGGCUUGUGUCAGCUAUUCGCAGCACUCACAGAUCUUCAUUGCUGGCCAGCCAUGUGGGUUCAACUUCUCCACCAGUCAGAAGAUACAACGGCCUGAAGGGGGAGAGAGCAAGAGCACAAACAAGAUCCUACUGUUCACUAUCCUCAACCCACAGUACCCUAUCUCUGUUGAUGUGAUGCAUACAAUAUGUAGUCCUAGUGGAGAUGUCCAAAGGAUCAUUAUAUUCAAGAAGAAUGGUGUACAAGCUAUGGUGGAAUUUGACACAAUAGAUUCAGCUUUAAGGGCCAAACAAGCUCUGAAUGGAGCUGAUAUCUACUCUGGGUGUUGCACAUUGAAGAUUGAGUAUGCCAAGCCUACUAAGCUAAAUAUCUACAAAAAUGACAGUGAAAGCUGGGACUACACCAACCCUGGCCUGGGACCAGGUGGUCAAGAAAAGAAGAAUGCCCCUCUCUUGAAGGACCCUACAUAUGGAUCUGGUCCUGUUCCUUUCAAUGAGAAUGAUGGAGGGUAUGACAGUCCUAGAGGGCCACCCGGACCACCAGUAGGAAAUGGACGUGCUCCAGCUCCCAUGUCCCCAAGGGAUCGUGGGUAUGGAGGGCCUCCAGCCCCAGCCUAUGGAGAUUCCUGGGGUAGAGAGCAUAGCCAUAGAGAUCAUGACAGGGGUGAUGGAUAUGGGCGUGGUCCUGCCCCAUCCUCAGGAUAUGGACCCCCUCCAAGUGAUUACUAUGGACCACCUAGAGGAAGUGGAUAUGGACCACCUCCCCAUAGACCAGACUACAACCAACAAGACAGAUUUGGAGGUCCCCCUAAUCGCUAUGAUGGACACGUUCUGGCAACUCCCUCAGCAGCUCCACCUAGUGGUCAACAAGGAUCAGUAUUGAUGUUGUAUGGACUUCAUAAAUCAUUGAAUUGUGACAAGAUCUUCAACCUGUUCUGUCUCUAUGGAAACAUUGUCAGGGUAAAGUUUCUGAAGUCUAAGGAGGGUGUUGGAAUGAUACAGAUGGGUGACUAUGCUUCUUGUGAGAGAGCCACUGCCAAUCUCUCUAACUCUGUUUUCUAUGAGUCAAAGCUCUCUCUAGCACCUUCCAAACAAGCAUUCUUACAAGAUGUCCCUCACCCACACAAACUAGAGGAUGACCAACCCUCAUUCAAGGACUUCAUGGGUAACCGUAACAACAGAUUCUCAACACCAGAGAUGGCCCAGAAGAAUCGAAUAGAGCCCCCCUCCAAGGUGCUUCACUUCUAUAAUGCACCACCAAAGGUCACUGAGGAGGAAUUGAGAGAGAUCUUUGUAAAAGCAGGAUGCAAGCCAUUUAAUCACUGCAAACUAUUCCCAUCUAAAAGUGAGAGGAGUGCUACAGGUCUCUUGGAAUGGGAGAGUAAGGGAGAUGCUAUUGAGGCUAUCAUCUGUGCAAACCAUUUCAAUGUUGACAACCCAAAUGGCCAGCAUCCCUUCAUCUUUAAACUGUGUUUCUCCUCAUCUGCUAUCAUCAGUCGACGUGAACGUCAAAUGUAACUUGCGUCAUGAACAAUACGUGUCAGUUGUAUACAUCUACCAUCAUCAGUCAACGCAAACGUCAAAUGUAACUUGCAUCAUGAACAAUAGGUGUCAAUUGUAUACAUCUGCUAUCAUCAGUCGAUGAGAACGUCAAAUGUAGUUUGCAUC